AUGGAUUAUAUACCAAUUCCCUCCUUCAUCAGCAAGGCUCUUCAAGGAAGAAGUCAACCCAGGAAUCAAGAUGUAUCAUCAAAAACUCCCAAUCCCUUGAGUUAUCCUAAAAGCUCUUUGCCUUAUGAUUCUCAAUUAUUCAAGAACCCAUCAUCGGAAUAUCGAGGUUGUCCCUUCUGGGCAUGGAAUACAAAGCUCGACAAGGGACAACUUCUCCGUCAAAUUGAUUAUUUCGCAGAAAUGGGGCUGGGGGGAUUUCAUAUCCAUGUUCGCACUGGUCUUGAUACGGAAUACAUAGGAACAGAAUUCAUGGACUUGAUACGUGCUUGUGUCGAUUAUGCCGAAACUAAAAACAUGUUGGCAUGUUUAUACGAUGAUGAUAGAUGGCCUUCUGGAGCUGCUGGUGGGAAGGUUAUUGAGAAAUAUCCUGAGCAUAAAGGAAAACAUCUCCUUUUUACACCUCAUGCUUACGGAACGAUACCACUUGGCGGAGGUGCUCCCGCGUCUGCCAGAGCUAGUAGGAGUGAGAAUGGACACCUCAUAGCAAGGUUUGAUAUUGAAUUGGAUAACAAUGGUGCACUCAAAUCAAGCCGCAUCCUGAAAAAUGACGAGCAUGGGGAGAAUGUGUGGUACGCCUAUGUUGAGACGAAUCCCAAUUCAUCUUGGUUCAAUGAUCAAACAUAUAUCGAUACUCUUAGCGAAGAUGCAAUGGCUCGAUUUAUUGAGAUGACGCAUGAAGUUUACAAGAAGAAGUGCGGCGACAAAUUUGGAACUGUUAUACCCUGCAUAUUCACCGACGAGCCUCAAUUCGCUACCAAAAUACGUCUCCCUCAUCCCCGAGCUAACGAUGAUAUAUUUCUUCCAUGGACCACUGAUUUACCGGAAAGUUUCGAGAAAGAGUACCAUGCUGACAUUGUCGAAUCCUUGCCACAAGUUAUAUGGAAUCUUCCAAAUAACAACCCAAGUUUAUCAAGGUAUCGAUAUCAUGAUCAUGUUUGUGAAAGAUUUGUCUCUGCUUUUAUUGAUCAAAUUAGUGGCUGGUGUCGGAAAAACAACUUGUACCUGGAUGGACACAUGAUGGAAGAGCCAACGCUUUAUUCUCAAACUACUGCUCUUGGCGAAGCUAUGCGAUGUUAUCGAAACAUGGAUAUGCCGGGCAUAGACUUACUUGUUGAUGGUGUCGAAUACAAUACAGCGAAACAAGCUUCCAGUGUUUCUAGACAAAUGGGUCGUCGAGGUACAAUGUGUGAAAUAUACGGUGUUACUCAUUGGUAUUUUACAUUUGAGGGCCACAAAGGUUGUGGUGAUUGGCAAGCAGCUCUUGGUAUUACUUUUCGUGUUCAUCAUCUUGCUUGGCUAAGCAUGGCUGGAGAAGGGAAAAGAGACUAUCCGGCGUCCAUCAAUUAUCAAAGUCCCUGGUACAAAGAGUAUGGUUAUGUCGAAGAUCAUUUUGCAAGAGUUGGUGUUGCAAUGACCCGAGGAAAAGCUGUUACUCGAGUUGGUGUCAUUCAUCCGAUUGAGAGCUAUUGGUUAUGUUUUGGUCCUGAUCAAAGUGGUGAUGAGGCAGGGUCUCGUGAUCGUGCAUUCUCCGACCUCACAAACUGGUUACUUCAUGGUUUAAUUGACUUUGAUUUCAUAUCUGAGAGCUUAUUGCCAACUCAAGUGAGUAAAACCCAGAAAGGCAAAAAGCUGACAAUAGGAUUUUGUGAAUACGAAGUGAUUAUUGUGCCAAAUCUACGUACCAUCAGAUCAUCAACUCUUAACAUCUUACAAGCAUUCUCAAAGGCUGGCGGGCAUGUGAUCAUUGCUGGUAGUUCACCCGAAUUAAUCAAUGCCGCAGCCCCAUCAGAGAAGCCUACAAUCAAGCAUAGCAUUAACGUAUUCUGGAGCCAGCAGAAUAUUUUGUGUGCACUAAAUGAAUAUCGUGAUCUUCGAGUAACGGAUGAGAAUGGCUCAUCUACUGAACAUUUGUUGUAUCAGAUGAGGGAAGACGGAGCUGAAAGAUAUAUCUUCAUCUGUAAUACAGAUCGUAAUUCUCCAACCAUGACGAAGAUUGAGCUGAGAGGCCAUUGGGAUGUUUCCGAAAUGGACACUUUCAAUAGAGAAGAGACUCUGGUGGGCAGUCAGCUUUCAAAGGACUGGACACAAUUGCAUUAUAAGUUUGAAGGAUGCGCAAGUCUUCUCAUGCGAUUGAGACCAAGAACAGGGCAAUCUAUCACAGAGCUCUUACCAUUGAAUAAGAUUUCUGAGAAAAUCCCUAUCCUUGAAGAAGAUAUUACUCUCGCAGAAGUAGAACUUUCUGAGCCAAAUGUCCUCAUACUUGACUAUGCAUCCUACAAACUAGAUUCUGAUGAACAUUGGUCAGAUUCCACCGAAGUUCUCAGGAUUGAUAAUGCUAUUCGGGAUCUACUGAAAUUACCUCACAAAGGCGCUGCAUUUAGACAACCUUGGUCAAUACCGGCUUCGGAAAGAGCACCUAAGACGCACGUUACCAUGCGUUUUCUGAUAAUUUCAGCAUUUAUGAUCAACGUGCCAACCAAACUUGCAUUGGAAUAUGUUCAAGGAAUGAAAAUAAAGUUAAAUAGGACCGAGCUGGAUUCCCCAAAAUUUGAUGGUUGGUGGGUUGAUGAAGACAUCCGAACUUUGGAAAUACCAGCCUACACAAUCAGACCUGGAAUGAAUACUCUUACACUUUCUUUUCCCUUUGGCAUUCUGACAAAUAUUGAACGUCUUUAUUUGUUGGGCGACUUUUCUGUUGGUAACAGGCAUAAUAGCUCUCUUGGUACCGAUUCAUAUUAUCUCCAACAACCGAGAACUGUAUCUUGGGGAGAUAUCACAAAGCAAGGUCUCCCAUUCUAUGCCGGAAACUUAACCUACAUCUGCGAUAUAUCAAUACCACCAACAAGCCCUAACAAAACUAUUCAUCUUUCAAUACCUGAAUAUUCUUCACCAGUACUCGUCGUGGCUUUAGCUGACACAAAACAAAAGCUUGGGCGAGUAGCUUUUCAACCUCGAACACUAGAUAUCACAACUCUUGGACCAGGAAAACAUAAGAUUGCAAUAACAGCUUUUGGGAAUAGGUAUAAUUCUUUUGGGCAUGUUCAUUUGCCUGAUGGACUUACGAACGGUUGUUCCCCGGAUACCUGGAGAACUGGUGGAGAUUGGUGGACAGAUACUUACAAUGUAAAACCUGUUGGUAUAUUGGAAUGUCCGAGUUUGAAGUCGGACAUGAAGCUUAUUUAUGCGGCCGACGAGAACGACGAGGAAGGAUGGGAAGUGAUUGAAUGA